UUUGGUGAAAUUGUGGGAAUUAUAAAUAGGGUUAUAGUCCCAUUUAGUGUUUUCAACGAAACGUAGUUUAUAGCCGGCAAUCCAAUCGCGGUGCCAUGUAACACAGUUAGUAAUGUGGGUAAUUAGAGGGUUCUAAGGAGGUUUGAACGGCAGCAAUAAAUCAGUUUUUAAUUUUAAAAAAAUGUUCGUUAAACCGUCAGUCGGUGGAACGUCGUGAUCGUACAAGUGGACCGGAUCUCCGGCGUGUGCGCCGGCCGGAAGUGCGCAAGACUUCCGCUCCCUCGGGAGUCGCCGUCACGCGUCGCGGCGACUGCGCAACCGUGUCUUACCAACUGCGGCUUUCACGACAAUAUAUUACACACUACGCCGCUAAUAUUAACUUCAAAAAUGUCCAAAUUGUUACAAAUCUCACAACAUGAAAAACCGCAAAACAUUCGAGCCAAACUACCGACCACGGUUAUUCUUAAUCCCCGAGCAAAAAUUGGGGGUCGCAAGGUAGUUUCAGAAAAUGUAGAAGAUGAAAUGGGAGAAGAAGAAUAUGACAUUGAUUUGCAUUUUGAAAUUAAAACAGCUCCGUGCCAAGAGGAACCGAUUCUUCCACCACAACCCAUACCCAAGUUUCCUUUGCAUGUUGCAUGGUGCCCAAAUACUUUAUGUUUUGUUUUGGACGAAGAUCAAGUAACACAUAGGCUUUGGAUUACGAACCGUUCUAAGCGUACAAUUUACCUCCACUGCUGUGGGUUAUGGAACGACACUGUUCGAUAUGGUGCUAGCUGGUGUUGCUUCCCUCGGACAAGAAUCUGGCUUCCACCAGGUCUAAGAGCUGCUCUCUACGUCCGCGCCACGCCCCGGGAUAUAAUAUCUCCCUUCCCAGAUGCCGUCACCUUCAUGCAAAUAGCUGCAGCACAUCUGAGAGACAAUGUCACUGGCUAUUUUUCUAUACCAAUUAAAGCAAAGUUUCUGAAAUAUAUCGCUCCUCCUAUGGCAGAAGGUGAAUAA